AUGGCAGGGAUGAGCAACUCAAACAUGAAAACUUUGGAGGAUUUAACUCUCGAUUCUGGCUACGGAGCCGGGGAUUCUUGUAAGUCUCUGAGCCUCUCUUCUUCAAAGUCCAACUCACAGGCGUUCAUGACCACUCCACAUCGGGGCAACUGGUGGUACUAUUCUGGAUCGAUGAACAGCAGAAAUAACAGUUGGGACACUGUCAACACAGUUCUUCCCGAGGAUCCCGAAGACAUUUUCUCCAAGUGUCCUCGAUUGCCAGAGUUGGAGGAAUUCCCUUGGUCAGAGGAGGACGUUGGGAAAAUUUUGCGCAAAGUAGCAGUAAAGGGCACCUCAUUCUCCAGUGACGCUGUCCGGAGGCUCUCUACGCUGUUGCGAAGGGCCCUGAUCCGGAUUUCCAGAGAGGCACAGAGACUGAGUAUCAUGCACUGCCGUUGCACGCGUUUUGAGGUGCAGAGCGCAAUACGCCUGGUGUUAAGUUGGGCACUUGCAGAUCACUGUGUCUCGGCCACAGUGAAGGCCAUCUCCAUGUACAACAUGAGCGCCGGUGAGUUGCUGCGCAAAGGCAAAUCAGCGCGGUGCGGACUAACUUUCUCCGUAGGCCGCUUCUUCCGUUGGAUGGUGGACACUCGCAUCUCGGUGCGCAUCCACGAAUACGCAGCCAUCUGCUUGACAGCGUGCAUGGAGGCCCUGGUUGAGGAGGUGGGCGCGCGGGUUCUGAUGGCAGAGAAGCAGCAGUGCGCAGACAGUGCUUCGUCUUGCAACGCACUGACAGCUGAAGUACUGGAAGGAGUCAUCAAUAAUGACGCCGAACUUUGGGGAGUCCUUCAACACUACGAACAUCUUAUAUGUGGAAAGAAUGCCAGCGGUGUGCUGUCUCUGCCUGCCCACUUCAGUCCCUAUACCGACGGGCAGCAGCCAGGGGUGGAGAGCAGGGAGGAUGCCUAUGCCCAGCUGGAACUCCGUACACUGGAGCAGUCUCUGCUGGCUACCUGUGUGGGCAGCAUUUCUGAACUCAGUGAUCUGGUGUCACGGGCUAUGCACCACAUGCAGCGUCUCAGCUCGGUGCGGCCCGGCUUCAGCCCCGCCCGUCACGCCCGCCAGCAGCCCGUCACCUGGUCCCCGGAUGCCCUGCACACCCUCUACUAUUUCCUCCGCUGUCCACAAAUGGAGUCCAUGGAAAAUCCAAACCUGGAUCCUCCCAGGAUGGCCUUAAACAAAGAGAGACCAUUCCUACUGCUCCCACCGCUGAUGGAGUGGAUGCGCGUAGCCAUCGUGCACGCUGAACACCGACGAAGCCUAUUGGUAGACAGCGAUGAUGUCAGACAGACAGCCAGGCAACUCCUCCCAGGAUUGGACUGUGAGCCCAGAUUACUAAAGCCAGAGUGCUGUUUUAGCUCUUUCAGGAGGUUGGAUGCAAAGGCCGCCACAGAUAAGUUCCAUCUGGAUCUGGGCUUUCGCAUGCUCAACUGCGGUCGCACUGACCUCAUUGGUCAGGCCAUUGAACUGCUCGGUCCAGAUGGGGUCAACAGCAUGGACGACCAGGGUAUGACCCCUCUGAUGUAUGCCUGUGCCGCUGGAGACGAAGCGCUUGUCCAGAUGUUGAUCGAUGCCGGAGCCAACCUGGACAUAGCGGUCCCUGCUUGCUCUCCCAAACACCCUUCCGUUCACCCUGACAGUCGUCACUGGGCCGCUCUCACGUUCGCGGUGCUUCAUGGACACAUCUCUGUGGUACAGCUCCUCUUAGACGCGGGGGCAAACGUGGAGGGCGCAGCCGUCCGAAACGGGCAGGAAAGCAGCGCCGACACCCCUCUCCAGCUGGCGUCGGCCGCAGGGAACUAUGAGAUGGUAAGUCUGUUGCUUGCUCGUGGGGCAGACCCCUUGCUGAGAGCCCAUGAGGGGAAUGCUCUGACCUCAUCUCUCUACGAAGACAUGAACUGUUUCAGUCAUGCGGCCGCACACGGACACAGGAACGUGCUACGGAAGCUGCUCUCCCAGCCUCAGAAAGUGAAGGAGGACGUGUUGUCAUUGGAGGAGAUCUUAGCAGAGGGAGUAGAGGGUGAAAUGGGAUUGGUCAGUGGACAUGGGGAGUGUCUAACGGGGUGCCCACCACCACCCCUCCCUAACCCCGGGGCUGUGGCCGAUGGAGGCAUCCCUAAACUCUGUAAGGCUCGUAUGAAGGCCUUGCAGGAGGCUUCGUUCUACAGUGCUGAACAUGGUUACCUGGACGUUACCAUGGAGCUGAGGUCUCUGGGGGUGCUGUGGAAGCUCCACGUUUGGCUGGAGUCUCUCCGUAGCGCCCAGCAGCAGUCCAGGGCAGGAGUCAUGCUCUCUCUGCUGAGGGACUUCACCAGCAUCAGAGAGGAGGAGUACUGCGAGGAGCUGGUGUGUGUCGGCCUGCCACUCAUGUUCAACAUCUUCCGCACCAGCAAGAAUGAAGCCAUUACUCAGCAGCUUGCAUCCAUUUUCAGUCAUUGUUAUGGGACAGCCCCCUUGCCAGCUAUUCCUGAGAUGAAGACCACUCUCUCUGCACAGCUUGACCCCCACUUCUUGAACAACCAGGAGAUGUCAGACGUCACGUUCUUGGUGGAGGGCAAACCGUUUUACGCUCAUAGAGUUCUACUCAUCACAGCCUCAGAGAGGUUCAAAUCUCUUUUGGGAUCCAGCUGCUCAGAUAACACACAGAACAACAUCGAGAUUAGUGAUGUCAAGUACAAUAUUUUUCAGAUGAUGAUGUCAUAUCUAUACUGUGGAGGAACAGAAUCCCUGAAGAUUGGAGCAACUGAUAUGUUGGAGCUGCUGUCAGUGGCCAGUCACUUCCAGCUGGGGGUGCUCCAGCGACACUGUGAGAUCAUCUGUGCCCAGAAUAUUGACCUGGACAACGCCGUCAACAUCUACCGCACCGCUAAGGCUCACGGUGCAGCAGAGCUCAGUGCAUACUGUGAGGGAUAUUUCCUGCGCCACAUGGCUGCACUGAUGGAGAGAGAGGCCUUCCGCGGGCUGGUCCUGGGAGUGGGGGCCCGUUGGGGUGCCAGUAAAGAAUCUACCCUGGAGGAGAUGGAGGCCACACUGGCACGCCGGCUACGCUCGCUGUACGUCACCUCCCGUGUCUGA